AUGAUAGAUAAAAUACCACCAGAACUUUUUCCACGAAUAGCCAAGCACAUUUCCCAGGAUGAUAAGGUGUCCUUAACAUAUUGCUGCAGAGAUGUAAGAAUGAGAAUUAUAUCUUCUCUCUACGAAAACCUUUUUCUUAACGAGAAACCCUAUUUCCCAAGUGACCUGGACGCCAACUUAGGAACCAAUUUCUGGUCAGUCCUAUGCUUUCAAUCAAGGUAUGAGACCUCUAUAAACAGUACUAGAGGUAAGCGAAAGCUUAAAAUAUUAGUGAGAUCCCUGCAGGAGUCAGCGUUCAUUUUAUGUCCACUCGUGAAACGCGUUCAUUGCUCAUGGCAUUUAGAUACUGCAAUACUGUUCAAAUUGAUAAAGCUUUUAAUGACAUAUGGUACAAGCUUGCAAUACUUUUCAAACAUUUUAGAGGAACAGAUCUCGAGGCUAUUGUUGCCCAAGGCUUCUCAGCUGCGUUCACUUGAUGUUGUUCCUCCAUUUAAGAUACCAGCAGGCCGCGCUGAUAGUAUUUAUUACGGAAGAAUGGAAGUCCUGCUUUCUAAAUACAACUGGGAAAACAUCAAUGAGCUGACGCUUCAUGUCAAUGGUUGUACUUUCUUCCCACACUUGAAUAAGCCUUUGAAAAUAAAAUCUCUUUGCCUUAAUCUAAGACCCGAUACAUUCGCAGGAUCUUUUUUUGAACAGCCUUAUUAUUCCAUAUUUGAUACUGACGCAUUAGAGGAGCUUGAGAUUUUAUCUUGGUACCAUACAAAUGAAUCUACGGCAAACUUAUACGACACUUGGAAUCUGCCACAAUUUUGGGAGUUUUCGAAUAUUAAAAGUUUAACCAUGUUGUCACUGGUUGCCAAUGAAUCAUUCUUGUGUACAUGCUUUCAGAAGUUUAAUUUAUUGGAAAGGCUUAAGGUUGAUUAUAUGUUCGAUAUUCCAAUCAGCACGCGAACAAUUGAAAUCCUUGCGAGAUCAAAAGCAUCCAAAACGAUAAAAUAUAUUGACAUCAAGUUCGAUUCACUACAAAUUCCUAUCUUCUCUCUUAACCCAGUUGACACUUCUUCAUUCAGGAUAAAUUUAAACUGUCAAUGCCACGAUUGUAAACAGACUUUUAAUGAUAUUAUCAUACAAAAAAUCUUUCCUACAAAUGAUUCCCUCAGUGUUAGAAAUCCAAAUGAUGAUUCCUCAAGAAGUUACUAUUUUCAUGUCUUCAAGUUAACUUCUAUCCUACCUUACACCCAUUUCAUAGACAGAACACCGGCAAUCAGCUACCAUUGCACUUCCCUGCAGGAGCAUGCAUCAGACAUCAAUUAUUUACUGAAAAAAGAUGGUGCAAAUGAGUCGAGAUAUGUCAAUGAAAACGAUGUUCUGCGUCUUUAUCAUGCACAUAUCCAUUCUUUGAAGAAAACCUUUGAUUUUUUUCUUAACCAUUUUAUUAGCCUCGAUUUUUUGACAUUGAAUGAUCUGCCGACCAAAGUAUUUCAGGUGGACGAGUUGCAGAGGAGCAACGUGCCAAUUUUUUACUCCAAAGGCUACAGCAGCAAUCAAAUCUAUGAAUUAGUCACUGAUGAAUCUCUCUUUAAUUAA